UCCAGUUUCUCUUCCUCUGUCUUGCGGGACCGAGGGAAUCCCCAAAUCGCCCCCGACACCACGCGACAGACUCCAGUUUCUCCCUGCUGCCUCCGCUCCCCCGCAUCACCAUCUCCCACCCUCUCCACCUCCCGCCGCCCGCCUCCGCCGUCGCGUGGCGGCCGCUCGUCCACCGCCGCCGCCGUUGCGUGGCGGCCGCUCGUCCACCGACGCCGCCUCGUCCGUCGUCCCCGCGACGACGACCCCAUGACUAUGAUGACCCCGUCCCCGCUCGAGCAGCAGCAGGAGGCCGACGAGAUGCUCGUGCCACACCAGGAGCUCCCGACCACCGAAGGGCCCCAGCCGAUGGAAGUUGUGGCGCAGACGGAGCCUGCAAACACGGCGGAGAGCCAACCGGCCGAGGACCCACAGACGUCACGGUUCACCUGGACCAUCGAGAGCUUCAGCCGGCUCAACACGAAGAAGCACUACUCCGACGCGUUUAUCGUUGGGGGAUACAAAUGGCGCGUGCUGAUUUUCCCAAAGGGGAACAAUGUGGAUCAUCUCUCGAUGUACUUGGAUGUAGCGGACUCGGGAAACCUCCCAUACGGGUGGAGCCGGUAUGCUCAGUUCAGCUUGGCCGUUGUGAACCAGAUCCAUCCCAAGUAUACGAUACGGAAAGAUACUCAGCACCAAUUUAAUGCACGCGAGAGCGACUGGGGUUUCACAUCUUUUAUGCCUUUGAGUGAGCUGUAUGACCCAAGCAGGGGCUAUCUUGUGAAUGACACCGUUGUUGUGGAAGCUGAGGUUGCUGUCCGCAGAAUGGUUGAUUACUGGACUUACGACUCGAAAAAGGAAACAGGUUAUGUUGGUCUCAAGAAUCAAGGUGCUACCUGUUAUAUGAACUCUCUUCUACAGACGUUGUACCAUAUACCAUACUUCAGGAAGGCUGUAUAUCAUAUGCCAACUACUGAGAAUGACAUGCCAUCCGGGAGUAUUCCCUUAGCCCUGCAGAGUCUUUUUUACAAGCUCCAGUAUAGUGACAACAGUGUAGCUACAAAAGAGUUGACCAAAUCUUUUGGAUGGGACACUUAUGAUUCUUUCAUGCAGCAUGAUGUGCAAGAGCUCAACAGAGUUCUUUGUGAGAAACUUGAAGAUAAGAUGAAAGGAACUGUUGUAGAAGGAACAAUUGAACAAUUAUUCGAAGGCCACCACAUUAAUUACAUCGAGUGCAUUAAUGUGGACUACAAAUCUAGCAGAAAAGAAUCAUUUUAUGAUCUACAACUUGAUGUCAAGGGUUGUCGUGAUGUCUAUGCAUCAUUCAACAAAUAUGUGGAAGUAGAGCGUCUAGAGGGUGACAAUAAAUAUCACGCGGAGCAAUAUGGCUUGCAGGAUGCAAAAAAGGGUGUGCUCUUCCUUGAUUUUCCUCCUGUUUUGCAACUUCAACUGAAGCGUUUCGAAUAUGAUUACAUGCGAGAUACAAUGGUUAAGAUUAAUGACCGUUAUGAGUUCCCGCUACAACUUGAUCUUGAUAGAGACAAUGGAAAAUAUCUUACUCCAGAUGCAGAUAGAAGUAUUAGAAACCUUUAUACUCUUCACAGUGUUCUCGUUCAUAGUGGAGGAGUACAUGGUGGUCACUAUUAUGCUUUCAUUCGACCUACACUAUCGGAUCAGUGGUACAAAUUCGAUGAUGAGCGGGUUACAAAAGAAGAUACUAAAAAGGCGCUUGAAGAGCAGUAUGGGGGUGAGGAAGAGUUGCCUCAAAUAAACCCUGGUUUCAAUAACACACCGUUUAAAUUCACAAAGUAUUCAAAUGCCUACAUGCUUGUCUAUAUUCGUGAGAGUGACAAGGAGAAAAUAAUGUGUAAUGUUGAUGAGAAGGAUAUUGCUGAGCAUUUGCGGGUAAGGUUAAAGAAAGAACAAGAAGAGAAAGAACACAAGAAGAAGGAAAAGGCUGAAGCUCAUCUCUACACUAUUAUAAAGAUUGCUCGAGAUGAUGAUUUGAAGGAGCAGAUUGGUAAGAAUAUAUAUUUUGAUCUGGUGGACCAUGAAAAAGUUCGCAGCUUCCGCAUUCAGAAACAAUUGCCUUUUACUGCAUUCAAGGAGGAAGUUGCAAAGGAAUAUGGCAUCCCUGUACAGUUUCAGCGCUUCUGGUUGUGGGCUAAAAGGCAGAAUCAUACAUACAGGCCGAAUCGUCCGCUGACACCGCAUGAAGAAGCACAAUCAGUUGGGCAGCUUAGGGAGGUCUCAAAUAAGGCACACAACGCUGAGUUGAAGCUGUUUCUGGAAGUAGAACUUGGACCGGAUUCAUGUCCAAUUCGUCCUCCUGAGAAGAGCAAAGAAGACAUACUACUUUUCUUCAAGCUUUAUAACCCUGAAAAGGAAGAGCUUCGUUUUAUUGGUAGACUUUUUGUGAAGGCCCUGGGAAAGCCAUCUGAAAUCCUGACAAAACUAAAUGAAAUGGCUGGAUUUUCCCCAAAUGAAGAAAUUGAGCUAUAUGAGGAAAUUAAGUUUGAGCCAAAUGUGAUGUGUGAACAUAUUGACAAGAAACUUACUUUCCGUUCUAGUCAGCUUGAAGAUGGAGACAUUAUAUGUUUCCAAAAGUCACCUCUUCCAGAAGGUGAUAUUCAAGUGCGCUAUCCAGAUGUUCCUUCAUUCUUGGAGUAUGUUCACAAUAGGCAGGUUGUGCACUUACGGUCACUAGACAAACCAAAGGAUGAUGAUUUUUCUUUGGAAUUGUCGAAGCUUCAUACUUAUGAUGAUGUUGUUGAGAGAGUUGCGCAUCAACUUGGCUUGGAUGAUCCAUCAAAAAUUCGGCUUACAUCUCACAAUUGUUAUUCUCAGCAACCCAAACCGCAGCCUAUCAGAUAUCGUGGAGUAGAACAUCUAUUGGAUAUGCUUGUCCAUUAUAAUCAGACUUCUGAUAUUUUGUAUUAUGAGGUUCUGGAUAUUCCACUGCCAGAAUUGCAAUGUUUGAAAACUCUUAAAGUUGCAUUCCAGCAUGCAACAAAAGAUGAGGUUGUAGUUCAUAGCAUAAGACUUCCAAAAAAUAGCACCAUCAGCGACGUGAUUACUGACUUGAAAACCAAGGUUGAACUAUCUAAUCCUGAUGCUGAGCUCCGCUUGCUUGAAGUAUUUUACCACAAGAUUUAUAAGAUCUUUCCACCUCAUGAGAAGAUAGAGAACAUAAAUGAUCAGUACUGGACAUUACGGGCUGAGGAGGUUUGUAAAAUUCCAUUUCUUAUCGUUAUUGAUGUUGACCCUCCUGAUCUUUUGCCAUUUAAAUGUUUUGUUUGCGUAAAAAUAUAUUUUCUAAUGCGAUACUGUCUUGGAUGGCAUGGCUUGUCUCAAUUGAAGCAGAUCCCAGAGGAAGAAAAGAAUCUCGGCCCACAUGAUCGGUUGAUUCAUGUUUACCAUUUCAUGAAAGAUCCUAAUCAGAAUCAGCAGAUUCAGAAUUUCGGAGAUCCUUUUUUGCUGGUUAUCCACGAAGGUGAGACUGCUGCAGAGGUAAUGGAGCGCAUCCAGAUAAAACUUAGAGUUCCUGAUGAGGAAUUCACUAAGUGGAAGCUUGCAUUCAUAUCCAUGCUGAGGCCAGAGUACCUCCAGGAUACUGAUGUUGUAUCUGCACGUUUUCAGAGGAGAGACGUUUACGGUGCUUGGGAACAAUACCUUGGCUUGGAACACACUGAUACAACAUCGAAACGGUCUUACACAGCCAAUCAGAAUCGUCAUACCUUUGAAAAGCCUGUGAAAAUUUAUAAUUGAGAAGCCUUCCAUCUGGGCUUCAUCCAUUAACAAAGGCCUCGUCUCAGGUAGUAUGCCAAAGAGGAUAACAAAGAGAUCUCAACAGAAGAAAAAUGGAAGAGGAGUGUAGGGCCAUUUGUGCACCGAGGCCUAUAUUACUCAUCAUGGCUGACGCUGUCGGUGUUGCUUACACCUGUUGUUGAUUAAUGGCGGGGGAUUCUUUUUAAGGCUCUUCUGGGCAACCAAGCAUGUGUGUUGUGUUGAUUUUUGCCAUGUAGAGUAUAAUGGCCCCUGCUAGGAUAGAUGUUUGCUUAAUUUGUAGAGCAAAGUUAGUACAUAAGAAAAAUAUUUUGGUAGGGGGCAUGUAUACUAGCCGGAGACUGAUUACUUAAUUUGCUCUUCUCGUGUAGCUUGGGAAAAACGGGAGAGAUUGUAUAAUGGGUUUUGGUGUGGGUUCCAAUUUUCCGUGUUGAGAAAUGUAAGAGGAUAACUGAGCAGACAGUACAGUUUUGAGAUCCAGCGUAGCCUUGUCUUGUUGGCAACUUAGCAUCCAUAUGUACUACUUAAAAGGGCCGGAGAUCCUUUUACAAACAUCUCCCUCGGUCGUCAUUUUGUAAAAAAACAUGCCAUACUGAGAUUCAAUAAUUUUGCAUGCCCA